UGCUAGCACGUUUUUGCGAUUUACAAAAACAUCAACAAAAACCACCAUUAAUAAUGAGAUCUCUCGACAGACUCCUUGAGCUGGAAAAGGAGAGAAAGGAGAGAUGGGAGGCAUUUCAGAGAUCUUCGGCGCAGUUGUUGGAAGCCUGCAGCGCUCUUGAGAACGCACAAAAGCGUCCCCGUGAGGAAGAAGUUCCUCUUCCCCCACAAAAAAGGCAGAGAUCAGAUGAACCAACCCCAGCCAGAACUCAACCAGAACUCAACUCAGCCGGAACUCUACCAGCCACUCAACCAGAGCUCAGGCGGUCGGCUCGCUUAGCUGCGAAAAGACCCAUUAAUUAUAAUGAGACUGUGCUCUCUCUCCAAGGACGUCCAACUCCACAGAAGAGACGGCGACCCAACCCUGAUCACCAUAUUAUAGAGGAGCAACAAAAAGAAGAGGAGCAAAGACUGCAGCAGCUGCAGUCGGAGCUGCAGGCGGAGCAGCUGUUGCAAGAACAGCCACAACAGCAGGAUGAGCUUCACGGACACGAACCAGGGACAAUAAUGUGGGGUCGUUUGGGGAAACUUCCCCACAUCCCUUGUGUGGUUUCCCCAGACACAACAGGUCAUCACUUUGACGUGAAGGUGUGCGCGAAAAGGGUGGAGAGACGCCAGAACGUCAUGUGGCUCGACCGUUCGGGCCGUCACAGCUGGGUGGGGGCGUCUGCCCUCACCCCCUUCAACCCCCUGACGGCCGACGGUCGGGUCGAGCCAUACGAGGCACUCAAGGCCACCAUCCUCGCAUCAAAGCCGAAGUCGGCCGCCAAGAAGGCCGCUCCAAGACGCCCCCGCCGUGCCUCAAGUCUGGCUGUGAGCCUGGCUUGGGGCAUUGGUGAGGCCCUAAAGUUAAUGUGCCUUCCAAACGCCGAACGCCUUGCCAACCUCCUGGGACAGUAAAUAUUCCAGUAACUGCACAGUCACAAUUCGUCACAGUUCCAGUAACUGCUCCAGCAACAGUUCCAGUACCAGUUCCAGGCACAGUAGCAGCAUGCAGUAAGCUUGUCAUAAAAUUUCAAAUUCUAAGCUUGCCAGUUAUUCA